CGGAGCAUGGCGGCGGGUGCGGGCGCGCUGCUGGCGGCCGCGCUGCUGCUGGCGGCCGGACCGCGCCCGGCGCCCGCCGAGCUCACCGACGGCAACAGCGAGCACCUGAAGCGGGAGCACUCGCUGAUGAAGCCGUACCAGGGCGCGGGCUCCGCUGCCAUGCCGCUGUGGGACUUCCAGGGCAGCACCAUGGUCACCAGCCAGUACGUCCGCCUGACGCCCGAUGAGCGCAGCCGGGAGGGCUGCAUCUGGAACCGUGUGCCCUGCUUCCUCAAGGACUGGGAGCUCCACGUCCACUUCAAGAUCCACGGAGCCGGCAAGAAGAACCUGCACGGGGACGGCCUGGCGCUGUGGUACACGCAGGAGCGCCUGGUGCCAGGUCCUGUCUUUGGCAGCAAGGACAACUUUCAUGGACUGGCUAUUUUCCUUGAUACUUAUCCCAACGAUGAAGCGACAGAGCGCGUGUUCCCCUACAUCUCCGCCAUGGUGAACAACGGCUCCCUGACGUACGACCACAGCAAGGACGGGCGCUGGACGGAGCUGGCGGGCUGCACCGCCGACCUCCGCAACCAGAACCACGACACCUUCCUGGCCGUCCGCUACUCGCGGGGCCGCCUGACGGUGAUGACCGACGUGGAAGACAAGAAUGAAUGGAAGAACUGCAUUGACAUUGCGGGGGUGCAGCUGCCCACAGGCUACUUCUUCGGAGCCUCUGCUGGCACUGGAGAUUUGUCUGACAACCACGACAUCAUCUCGAUGAAGCUGUUCCAGCUGAUGGUGGAGCACCCCGUAGAAGAUGAGUCUGUUGACUGGACCAAGAUCGAGCCUAGCGUCAGCCUCCUUAAAUCCCCCAAAGACAACGUGGAUGACCCGACGGGGAACUUCCGCAGCGGGCCUCUGACGGGCUGGAAGGUGUUCCUGCUCCUGCUCUGCGCGCUGCUGGGCAUCAUCGUCUGCGCCGUGGUGGGGGCCGUGGUCUUCCAGAAGCGCCAGGAGCGGAACAAGCGCUUCUACUGACCGAAAACCUGGGCCCCCGGCCUGGGCCCAGACCCGUCUUUUCUAUGAGGAGCUGUAAAAACUGUGGUUUCUAAAAGCUGUUUCUGAGAAAUAUCAGAAGUAUUUUCUUA